GUGUUUCCCAUGACGGAGGCUGUGGUGUCUUCUUCUUCGGAGAAGGAAGAACAAAAGGGAGCUUCUUACACUUAUUGGGUUCGCAAGAUUACCGAAGACGCUGCUCCUUUGCCUGUUCCUCACAAGCUUUCUCCUCAAGAUCCCCAAUCUCAACCUAAUUCUGCAACCCUUGGUUCUGCUUGGAAUCGCGCUGGAACUUGGGAAGAGAAAAGCCUCAACAAUUGGGCAACUCCAAGAAUUAAGGAGUUGCUUGUUUCAGUGGGCUCCAUUAAGUUAUCCUCUGGCACAGCAAAAGUAGAAGAAGUUACCAAAUGUAUUGGGGAUGCAUUCUUGGUGAUAGUUCGGAAUAAAAAACGAGUUGGUUACACAUAUGAGUUGACUUUAAAGGUCAAAGGGGAAUUGAAUUUGAGAGGAGAGAAGAAGUCGGUUGGAGGCCAUAUAGAUGUCCCAGAAUUCUCGUUUGGCGAGUUGGAUGACUUGCAGAUGCAAGUGAAACUAAAUGAAGAUAAGGAUAUGUUGCCUCAAGAUAAGACAGAGAUAUGCAACGACUUGAAGAAGCUAUUUUUAGAGCCUGUUCGAGAAAAGUUGCUUCAAUUUGAGCAAGAACUCAAGGAUAGAUAGGAAAGGCAUUUUUUUUCUUUGUUUACAAAAGCCAUGUAUUAGUUUCACUUUUCAUUGCUAAUAUUCUACUGGGGACAUGUGAUUUCUAUUUACUGUCUCCAGAAGUAGUGGUGUUUUUAAUGUUAUUUUUAAAGUGUUAUGAACUGCAUGAUUAAGCAUUGUUAUCAUACAUUUUAAUAUGAUACAUGUGGUGUGUUCAAGAGUAAA